AUGGACACCAAACGGAAACUACGGGAAUUGGCCCAACUCCCCCAUGCAGACCAUCACCCACAACCUCACCUGAUGCCAUGGCCAAUCCUGCAACGCCGGAGGAUCGAGAAACUCAAAGACGACCGACUGGCAGAGUUCGAACGGGCAUGUGACGAGAGCUUUGAAUGGCUCGAGAACUAUUAUCAAGGAUCCUCACCUGGCUAUCACCAUUCGCUACCUCAUCAACACCAACAGCAACAGCAACGGCAUCAACAACAACAGCAUCAUCAACAGCAGCAACGACAAAAGACCCAGUACACUCCCAAGAGCAGUCCAGCAAAGUUCAGGCUAAAGAGUCCAAAAACCCCUAGCAUCACCAGGAUCGGGAGUCCAACUUCUCCGUACGAACGGCAACAACAUCAUCAUCGACAUGGACAUCAUAUCCAUACGACUCCUCGGAAAAAGCUUCGGGUGACCGCUAAACCAUCGACCAUGAAGGCACAGCGGGCUUUGAAGGCCAAGAGGAAGAGGACUGCCAGCUUCCAGAAUAGUAGCUCGACCCGUCAGCGAGUUUCCAAGAUUGACCAGCAGCAGCAUCAGGAACAACAAAAACAGCAACAACAACAGCAGCAGCAAAAACAACGUCAAGAGCAACAACAAGUGCAUGAGCGAGAGCGGCAGCGUGUAUCAGGAACAGAGGAAUCGAUUAGGCAUGGCGACAGAUUUGUUCCGUUGAAGCAGCCCCAGCAGCCCCAGGAGGAAAAUUCACGCCAUUCGACGCUGGACUCGACGCGCAAACACUCCAACAAUCAGGACAUGGUCACGCAGACUGGCCAUACUCCGACAACGCCUGCAUCGGAUAGGUCGUUUACCUUCGAGCCUGAAAAGUCAUUCUCUUCAGAAAAGUCGUACACCUCCCAGGCCGAAAAAUCGUUCACGUCCGAUACCGGAAGGUCGUUCAUUGCUGAGCUGCGCGCCAGUACGUUCAAGACACCGGCCAAAGGACAAUCAUCUCGGGCGGUCCGUUCGUCCUACUCGCAGACAAUGUCAACAGGCGACACGGAAGUGGACAGUGACGAUGACGAGCGUGGCCCUACGCCCGGCUCCAAAGCUCGCGACUCUAUGACGCUCAAGUCACCCGUCAACCGUUCUGACACCAGCAUGGACCAGGACAUGGAUUCACCACUUAGAACCAGUCUUAUGAACAGUGCUGCACGGAACCGGUCGUCGUCGUCCGUGGCCAAGCGGAGUAGCGACCUCAUGGAGACUGAUCAGGACCGGGCAGUGGAUGCGGAGAGCAAGAGAUCCAAGAGCUCCCCGUUUACGGAUGUAACUGUACCGAUACGGUUCCAUUCACCCGAGACCGAGCCUCGAGCGACAACAAAGACAGAUGGCUCGACAAGGGAGAGGCGGACGAAUUUCAACGACCCAUCAACAGUAAUAAUGACAACGUCCCGAUCGGCAGAAAGGUUUUUUACAGACAACGGUUCUCGCUGGCGAGAGCCUGAGGUGGAUGUCCUGUCAACAAAGAAUAGAGGUUCUGAUGCUGAUGACCGGCCCACCAGAUCUACGACUCCUUCAACAACACCGCACCAGCGCUAUGGUUACAGCUCCCCAUUCCCUGAGCGACUCGACACCAGCAGUGAGGAUGCCGCUCGUGGAAUUAGUUCGCAGGAUGGUGUCCGGGAUGAGUCAUUUAACGCUGGCCCAGCACGCGGUCAAGUCAAUGGAGACCCUGCCGAGCGCCCUCCUAACGGAAUGUCGAGCUCUGCUGAACAAAGGUCGAGCGCAGAUACUGCAGCACGGAAACAAGCAAAGCACUCGGAUCCCUUCAAUCUGCCAGGAAGCCGCCAGGAUGACCGGUCAUUGCGACAGACAGACCGUAAAGAAGAGGCCAACACUUUGCCAUUGGGUCGCUCAGGACGGCCUGGAACAGGGGACGAAUCAGAGCAGAGCACUCGACUUAAGCCUACCGCCUCAAGAAUUGACUCUUCUUCCUCCGACACGGGGGCUCUUCGCUUAAAACUGCCGUCGACGACUUUGCCAGAGAAGCGGACUCUCGGCGCAAGGAAACCUACUACGACAACCUCACAUACAUUGACAGCUGCAUUUAUGCUUCCCUCCAGGCUGACCAAGCUGACAUCAACGGAUAUGACAAACGGCCCCGGGUCUGCAGCAGAAUCUCAGAGCGUUCCGUCGACAACUCAAUCUGACAACUCUGCAACCUUCCAGUCAUCGUCUAGUAACAGGAUGACUAGAAUCGGAUCAUCGAGCUCUUUGAAGGACAGUCAGCAAUCUGGACAGGUCGCUGGAGCAGGCCCCAACGGAUUCAAGACCUCCACUGCGCCGACCAAUUCCUCAGGUUCGACAUCUAGCCUUAUUGGUCGCCAAGGAGCUCCUUCACGGCAACCAUUGACCUCCAACCGUACUGCUGCCGAAGGCAGUGGUGUCAACAGCACCAGCACUGGCCACUCUCGUUCCGACGGCCAAGGGUCUCAUCCUCCAAGAAAGCCCUUUGCGAUCCCCACAACAACUGUAACCACGACGGCCUCGACAACAAAAUCGUCCGUUUUCUCGGUUAAAAAGGCAACCAGCCGGCCUGUUUUGCCAGACGGGGUUUCCAGUGCUCUCCUUGCGUCGUCAUCGAGUUCGAGUGCGCGACCCGCAGGAUCUUCUUUGGCGAUGAUGCAGGCACGAAUGGAUCAACACGCUCGAGAGCCAACACCUACACGGGAUACCCAUGCCAAGUCAGGUCACUCGACCUCCACCACCCAACGGACAGAGUCAAAGUCUUUGGCCAACUCCAGCACUAGCACUCUUAGUCUGUCGUCUGUCAUCUCGUCUCGCAAGGAAUCCAUGACCAUUGCCCCCAACGGAGCUAGGACGGAGACGCGCGUCGAGUCUAAAUUAACAGCUGCUAAUGAUGGUGGCCAUGUGUUCGCGGUACCUGGUCCAAUGUCGAAUCAAGCACAGACAGACCAUAACCACCGCCAUUUCAAGACUAUUCUACCAGAGAUCAAAAGCGACGACGAGGACGAUAACGACGAUUCGGGUGCGAAGCGCAAGAAGAUGCCCGGGUGGGCCAGCUGGGAGGAGUUGAACCGAGCGAUGGAGGAACAGAGGCAUCUUAAUCCUGAGGAAAUCUUUGGACCAUUACCCAUAUUAGAUGUGGGCGAGAUUUUCCCAGGCAGGAAGAAAAAGCCGUACCGGCCUCGGUCAAGUUCUGCGCACUGGGGGGCUUCGGAUGCGUUGACCCCUCAAGAGGUUUUCAAGUACAAUGAGGACAUGGGGUGGACCGACAAAGAGUAG